AUGCCGAAUUCUCAAGCAAAUCUUUCGAAAAUCUUCUAUUUAUGGCUUUUCAUUGCUACCAUGAGUCAAGUGUCGGGAAAGAACGCUGCGACUUAUCUAAUUAAUUGGCGAACUACUGCCGCCCUUACAAAACCUAGUGGUCAGGCAAAAUUGUUGAUGGUACAAGAGGGUACAUGCAAAAGGCCGAAUAUAGACAGCAACUUUUCAGCACUAUUCUCCGCUGAUAGUAUACCAACCAAAUGGAAGAUGGAUAUGACUCACGCAAAAGAUGAUCCAUUUACCGAUCAUGAGGGUCAAUGUCGCUCAAGGAGUAAAGUCACCUUGGCCAUCAGUCAGGAUGAUAUAUCAAUCCACAUCCAUCUCAAUCAUUUGUGUUCCGAUUCGGCAUGUCAUGUCGACAAUCUUAGUGGACAAUUUUCAUGUAGUGUUCUAAAAGCCCCGGACAAUACGGAUCAGUUUUUCAGUAUUGGUCCUAUUAAGACAGCCAAAGAGCAUAAAUGUACAAGAUGA